UGACUAUAAAUUGUAGUUUAUUUCAAAUUUACAGAGUGAGUCGCGAUCUACCAAUGCCGCGUGUGAAAACUGUGCAAGGCGAGUUGAAGGGAGUCGUAUGCCACGAUACCGUCAGUUAUGUGGCGUUCAAAGGCAUACCGUAUGCUAAGCCGCCACUUGGUGAAUUAAGAUUCAAGGCUCCGGAGCCUCCUGAACCCUGGGAGGGUGUCCGGGACGCGUCACAACAUGGCCCCGUCUGCCCGCAGUACAACGAGCGUAUGAAUCGUGUAGAAGCAGGCAGUGAAGACUGUCUCUACUUAAAUGUGUACACCAAAACACUUACACCAUCCAGUCCUCUUCCUGUUAUGGUCUGGAUCCACGGCGGCGGGUUUUACACUGGCUCAGGAGACUCAGAUUUCUACGGACCUGAGUUCUUCAUGGAACAUGACGUCAUACUAGUAACAAUUAACUAUAGAUUAGAAGUCUUAGGUUUCCUCUGUUUAGACACUGAAGAAGUUCCAGGAAACGCUGGCAUGAAAGACCAGGUCUUAGCUUUAAAGUGGGUAAGACAAAAUAUCGCAGCUUUCGGGGGAGAUCCCAACAAUGUGACCAUCUUCGGAUGUAGUGCAGGGUCCGCUUCUGUGUCCUGUCAUUUAGUGUCCAAAAUGAGUGAAGGAUUAUUUAGCAAAGCUAUAUGCCAGAGUGGUGUCUGCCUUAAUGAGUGGAGCUAUAAUCUAUAUGCUCGUCAAAGGGCUUUCCAACUAGGCAAACUUUUAGGAAAAGACACUGACGAUCCAAAAGAACUUUUAGAGUUCUUAAGAAGCGUACCAGCCAAGUCUCUGAUUAAUAUACAGCUACCAUUGUUAGAAUUAAAAUAUAAUGAUUUAUUAGAUAGCAUUCUGUUUGGACCCGUAAUUGAAAAAGUUGGUUCAGGCAAAAACAAAUUUUUAUCAGAUUUGCCAAUAGAAUUGGUGAAAAACGGGCAUAUGGCUAAAGUUCCUCUUAUAUUAGGAUUUACUUCUGGUGACGGAAUAGAAAUUGCAAGAAAACUUCCUCACAUCGCUGGGUUCCUAACAACUCCAGGUGCUGUUGUUCCAAGAGAAUUAAAAUUAAAAUGGGAACCAGAAAAAGUGAAAAAGGCAGACGAAAGAAUAAGAAAACACUAUUUUGACGAUAAACCGAUAUCGAUGGAAGAAAUACAAAGAUACUCAGAUUUAGAAACAGAUAGAGUGUUUUUAUACAAUAUCGUUAGGUAUGCGCGCUACCAUCUGCAGCACGCUUCAGAACCAGUUUAUUUAUACGAGUUUGAUGCUGAAACUGAAAGAAACUUCACAAAAAAGUCAUACAACAUGGAUUCUUUGAAAGGUGUUUGUCAUUCUGAUGAAUUAGCGUAUCUAUUUAACGUGACCUGCUUAGAUAUACCAUUAUCGGAUGAAUCAAUAGACAUUAUAAAACAAUUUGUAAAACUUUGGACGGACUUCGCUAAUACUGGGAACCCUACGGCGGAUAGCAUCGAGGAAUGGAAACCAUUCGAGGAACACGAAAGAAAUUAUUACAUUAUUGGAAAAACAUUGCAAUGUAAAAAAGAUCCUCGCAAAGAUAAUAUUACUUUCUGGGAAGAAAUUUACGAGGAAACACAAUUAAAUGUAAAUAAACAAUAAUGUAUGUUCCAGAAUGUCGGUUUUCGGUGAUAAUAAUAAAACGAAUGCUUUAAUGUUUUUAACUAGCUGUUGAGAUCUGUUAUGUACAAUAUGGAUUUAGGGAAAUAAAGAGCAGUAUUGUAGAUUAAACUUAUAUUAAUUUUUGCAUCAUUCACAUUCUCUUACACAAAUAUUCUGUCCACCUUAGGCACUAUACUGCCCAAUAAAGUCCUUAAAAGGACACAGCUAUUGGUAAAUGAUAUGAGUUUAAACUAAAAAGUCUAAAAACUCAUUUGAGAUAAACACUUAUAGUCAAUGUUACAACAAAAAUAGUUCACAAUAUUUAAGGAGUGCAAUACUAUGCCCGGAAUUUUAAUUCGAUUCCAGAUUUGACAAUUUCAGUGUUGCAACGUUAUGACAAGUACUAAAUAGUGACGUUGCG